AUGGGUGGUGGUGGUGGAAAGCCGCUCAAUAUUUUUCGACUGGGUCGAAGCCUUGAGGAUGAGCCCAAAGAAGUCCUGAACUGGCGAUUAUGGUUUGCCGUCUUCUCCUUCGGAAUCAUGGGAGCUGCUCGAGGAGUUGACGAGGGUUUGAUCAGCGGUACAUUCAAUACGGUUCACUUCCAAAAGCUUUUGCAUUUCAACGAGUUGGACAAAGAAGAACUUGCAAAUGUCAAGGGAAACGUUUCAGCUAUGGUUCAGAUUGGCAGCGUUGGUGGUGCCCUUCUUGCGUUCGUCCUUGCGGAUCGCAUUGGUCGUCUGUGGGCAACUCGACAACUGUGUGCGCUGUGGAUUCUUGGUAUUGUGAUUUUCUUGACAAAUAAUGGCCGCCUGGGUCAAGUCUAUGCCGGCCGAUUCAUUGCUGGUCUUGGAAUUGGACAAACGACUGUGAUCGCUCCAGUCUACAUUUCCGAAAUCGCUCCCAAGGCUGUCCGAGGUCUUUGCACUUGCGUCUUUGCAGGAUCCGUCUACAUCGGGAUUAUGCUAGCAUAUUUUGCAUCAUGGGGCAGCAGUCUGCACAUCAACAAGAACACCUACAAUUCCUGGGUCGUUCCUACAUCUCUGCAUCUGAUGUUUGCUGGAAUCAUCUUCGUCUUGUCCUUCUUCAACUACGAGUCUCCUCGCUUCCUCAUCAAGAAGGGCAACGUCGAACAUGCCGUUGCGAAUCUUGCCCGUGUUCGAGGUCUUCCUGCCGAUGAUGAUUACGUGGUCGCCGAGAUCAACGGCAUCAAGCACCAACUUGCUGAAGAGCAAGAAGCGACUAUGGGCCAAGGCGCAUGGGGUUAUGUUCGGGAGAUGUUCUUCAUGCCCAACAAUUUUUACCGUAUCUACCUGGGUCUUGGGACGCAAUUGCUCAGUCAAUGGUCAGGAGCUCAAAGUAUCACCAUCUAUGCUCCCGAUAUGUUUGCUCUGCUUGGAACCAAGGGACAGAACGAAAAGCUUUUCGCAACCGCUAUUUUCGGUGUCGUGAAAUUCGUGGCUGCUAUCAUGUGCGCGCUCUUCCUCGUCGAUGUCAUCGGUAGAAAACGAGCUUUGUCGAUCGGUAUCGCUCUCCAGGCUCUGUCUAUGUGCUAUGUCGCAGCUUUCUUGACCGCGGUGCCCAACAUCGAUGAAGACACUGUAUUCACAAAAUCACAAAAGGCCGCGUCCACGGGCGCUAUUGUUAUGAUAUAUUUUUCGGGCUUUGGCUGGGCUAUGGGCUGGAACUCAAUUCAGUACCUCCUCAACUCAGAGAUCUACCCACUGCGCAUUCGCGCCAUCAGCUCAUCUUUGGUUAUGUGCUUCCAUUUCGUCAACCAAUACGGCAACUCUCGCGCUGUCCCAAGUAUGCUGCUGCCUACUUCAUCAGGCGGCAUGUCUCCCAACGGCACAUUCUGGUUCUUCACGGUCAUUACCAUCCUCGGCGGCUGUUGGGCUUGGUUCUUCAUCCCGGAGACCAGCGGCCGUAGCCUCGAGAGCAUGGAUGCCUUGUUCACAUUGCCGUGGUACAAGAUUGGUCGCUAUGGACAGAGAGAUGCCGAAAGCAGUGAGCUUAUCGCUCGAGAACGAAUCAUGGAGGAGAAGGCUGUGGGAGCCGGGAAUAGUACUCAGGUCGAGGUUGUCAAGGGAUCCGAACAGCAGGAGAAGACUGCUUAG